CUCUGAAUUCCAUAUGAAGAGCCGCAAAGCGAGUGAGAAAUAAGAAUUUAGGCUGCACUCAGAGCCUGGAAGAUCACGUAAGAAAGGUGGGUCAGAGCCCGACCAGGAGAGAGACCAGGGCAGUGACUGCAGCUUGGACGGAGCCGGGAGAGACUCCGAGUUGAGCUGUGUGUCAGUACAAAGCGGCGGCGGAGGAGGAGUUUCAAUGGAAACUUUCUCAAAAAAGAAACGUGAAGAAAAGGAAUCUGUCAGCAGAGGCAGAGUGAGUCCAAACGUGAGUCCAGAGGAGGCGAGUUUCUUGUUGUCAGCACUAACAAUGGUGCACUUAUGUGACAGCAGAGCUGAGGAAAAGAGAAGCAGUGGUGGCACUGCAGCCCAGGGGAACGACAGCAGAGAUCCCACGUACACCCUCGGCUUGAAAUGAAUAUAAUUUGGCUCUGCGAGGAGCUGCUUUGGGACAACGCUCUCCAAGUCCAUUGAGCUUCCUCUUCAGAUAACAACUCACCGUUUCAGGAGGCAGAGCGCUGCCGCAGAACAGAGGAGGAGAAGGAAUACAGGACGGAGGAGUCAGUGAGGUGGCUGUGCUGCAGACAGACAACAGCAAGUGUUUCUGUCUUGUCAGAGGUGAUCAAUGUCUGUGAGCUGGCACGGAAAGGCAGAGAGAGAGAGAGAGAGAGAGAAGGCUGGAGCUCUAUUGUCUAGACUGCAGAGUGACAGCUCAGGCCUCCUGCCUGAGCAAAAAGGGUCUGAGCGCCGGCCGAUCUGAAGGGCUGAAUAGGGUUAAAUUGACUGCGACACAGGGGACAGAUGGCCCUGUCCUCUGGAGAAGCCGGCAUGGGGUAGAGAGGAGAGACACAUGAGGAAAAUAUAAUAGGGGGGAGAAAAAGAAAAGGAAAAAAAAAAACAACUAGGCACACUGUUGGGGAUUUUGCUUCAUCCUUUUCCAAUGAACUCCUGCAGAUAAGCUCCUCUUGCAGCUGUUCAUGCAAAGAGGUCGAGUUAGAAAAGGUUGCAACUCCACAGCGUAACCACAGGGCAAAAUGUCAAGCUCCAGCAGUAUGAAGGCUGAUUGGAAUAAUAACAGUGUCGGUACGCUCGGCGUGGGAGGCCGUGUCGCUCCUCGUACGCCGGAUGUGCAGCAAGCCCUGAGCCCGGCUGACACUCACCAGGGGUUACAGCGAGGUAACAGUUUACUCCAGCUCACGCCCACUGGGCAACAUAACCAACCCAGACAGGCUUACACAAUGCACUGUGGUUAUGAGGCAAGGUAAUGGCAUUUCAGUCACUGCAGGACAUUUCUGUUUGCUCUACCUCCAGGUUGUUUCUCAAGCUUGAAAACCAGAGCCUUUUUCAGCAAUUUUUUUUUCUACUAACAAAAAGUAGUGGAGCAUAACUCCCCAGUGUAUUUACAGCAACAGUUCCAGUGCCUGUUCUUGGUAUUUUGUGUGGUAAUCUGACACCAAGUAGUGCGUAAUGAUAAAAUGGUGGAAGGAUAAAGACACAUUGCUUUCAAAAAUAAUAUAAGAAAAUUUAAAAACCCGUGGCAUCUACUUGCAGUCAGCCUCUCUCUCAUGCCUCUUUCUGAGUUACCUCUGCAGUCAUAGGCUAUCUCUGUAGCUAAAGGCUACAGGUGUCUUUGUAGUUAUCUCUAUAGGCCACAGAGAUAGCUAACCGACCCCACUCUUCUUCUACUGCCCUCCAAUUUGCAUUAUUUGCUGUUGAGUAUGUUCUCUCCGAGUGCUUUUCUUCAUAGAAGCUGUAUCUGCUAUUGAACCAUAAUUUGAUUCAGGUUUGAUGAACCAGCAAAGAACUAAAACCUGCAGGACUGACAUUAGACUAUUGCUCUAACACACUAGAGCUCUAAUGUUCCCCACAAUUCAUUCUACUUGACAUCCAUCCUCCCUCUAAUCAACGUUUCAGUCUGCCACCGCCUUGUUUCACGUUCAUAACGUUGGUCUAUCACAUACAUUUCCAACAAAUUAUACCUUUGUAUGUCUUUGGUUGCAAUGUGACAAAUGUAAAAAGUUUCCACGGCAUCAAUGUUUCUUAAAGGUACAGUACACAAAAUGAAACUAGCUAAUAGAUCCGUAAAGAUGGUAGAUUUCCCGAACGUCAAUCUCCUCAGGAAAAUCUCACUAGCUGUUCGGGUACAAGGUGUAUUUAAAUGAAAUCACAUUUUAAAGAAAAUUCCCAGCAUAAUUCAUGUGGUUCUAAUGAUUGUUGUAAAGAUUUCCCAUGAUUCUGUGGAACAUCUCUAAUUUUUAUAAUUGUAGCCUAUAGUAUGGUUGGACUUGAACGUCGCCGACGCCUGUGAGUGUAUCAGUAGGAGACCUGUCUGUUGGGCAGGCGGCAGGUAGACGGUUCGCUGAUCUUGGUGCUGAAACACGCUUCGAACUCAACGCGGACGUCACGCAUAAUAAUAACUCGCGGAAAAUUUAUGAAGCGCAUUAAGUGAAGACGACCAUAUAUGAUCAUAGGCCAUGAAUCAGGCGACCAGUCAAACGACAAAAAAUAAAAUAAAUAAAUAAAAUAAAAACUUUAUUUGCAGGAAUAAAGAGGGUUCACGGUAGAGCUGCAGUGCAGGAUGCUGGACUCGGUUCUCCUGUCUGCACAGUGGAGGAGCUGUGACGCGUUUACAUCACCAAUGUAAAUGAGCCUGAGCUCCAACCCCCACCCCCCUCCUCCUGUUCCUCUUCCUCCUCCUCCCCAUCGCCUCCUCUUCCUCCACAGCAGACACACAAAACACACGCACACACACUCUCGCAUUCUGCCUGCCGCGGCAGCCUUUUCAGGGCGACAGAGAGCAGCGCUGGCUCGUCCGCUCUCAGAGUCCCUGUGUGUUUGUGUGUGUGUGUGUGAGAGAGAGAGAGAGAGAGAGAGAGAGAGAGAGAGAGAGAGAUGGAGACCUUGCAUAACAGCGGCUGUGGGAAAUACUAAACAGCCCAGCGGACCUUCACAUGCAGGACAACAAAGCCGUGCGAGAGGAGCGAUCGGAAGGAUCUUUCUGUAUUCAUAAAUCCCACCUUUUUUUAUUUCAACACAUCCAUGCUCCCACUGCUGCUGCUGCUGCUGUUGGCAACAACAUGGACCAACAUAGACACACAAGCUCCAACUCUCUGCAAAAUUUUGGAGUCCUCCUCCGGAUCUUCUCGGUCAACCAUUUAAUGGCCUUUGACUGAAGUGGGAGGCAGUGAACUGAGCAGGUAUGGCGGUGCCCCUCAGCAAGCUGCACUGCCUCUUGAAGAGAGCCCAGAUGCUGCUGCUCUGCCUGGGCAUCGCCUACCUGAUGGCAGGCAGCAUCCUCCUCCUGCAGCGCUCCACCAUCCGGGCGGCUCAGCCCAACCCCCCCAGCCUUCCACCCCUGCUGUCUCUCGUCGCGCCUCCCGCUGCCCUCGGGACGGCGGGCAUGGGCAUGAGAGCGCGUUCCAGAUGGGCCGCCAUUCAGGCCGUGUCCAGCGGGGGAGUCAAAGCGUCGCGAAGCUGGUCCGGCUCCCGCGGGCUGGGGGUCCAACACUUCCACCGCCGCUGGUUUCACAGUCUGCUGCCAGAGAGUCCGGAGCAGAAAGUGUCUCAGCACAGGAGCAGCAGACACAAAGGAACCUACAUGGGCUGCUUCCUGCAUAACGCCAGCGAUCGAGCCCUGGGCGGAACCAUGCUUUAUGACCUGCGCAAAAUGACCAGCUCCCUGUGUCAGGACACCUGCUCGGAAAGUGGAUACCAGUUUGCAGGCCUGGAAUACGGCGCUGAAUGUCACUGUGGGAACCGGAUCAGCAGCCUGCAGGCUCCAGAGGAGGACUGCAGCCUGGUGUGCCGGGGCGAGAGGGGGUCUCCCUGUGGCGGCGUGGGCCGUCUUUCCAUUUACAAGGUGGAGGAGCAGCUGCCAGGUCACAGAAAAUUCAGAAACGUUCACCACCGCGGCUGCUUCAAGCUGACGAACGGCACCGUCGGCGCCUUCCCGAUCCACUCCGUUCAGCCCAACCUCACCACUCAGUCCUGCAUCGAGACGUGCACCGAUAAGGAGCUCCCCCUGGCUGUGUUGAAGAGACCCCACUGUUUCUGCACCUGGACAUCGUCUCUCUUCAACAUCAACCAACAGGCGGACAAGCAGCGAUGCGCCGACAGCAGCGUCCCAAACCGCACGGCAACAUCCGGGUCCACGGCCCCGCCAGAGAGCGGCCACUACCAGGUGUAUCACACUCCCGUCCUCGACUCCAGGUGCAAAGAGAGAAUGUUUCUGCCUCAGAGAUCCUCCUCCCUGGUGGCGCUCUCCAGUUUUCCGGGCGCAGGCAACACCUGGGUCCGACACCUGAUUGAACUCGUGACCGGCUACUACACCGGCAGCUUCUACUUCGACGGCAGUCUCUACAACAGAGGCUUCAAAGGGGAGAAGGAUUACUGGAAGAGCGGCCGCAGCAUCUGUGUGAAGACGCACGAAAGUGGCCAGAAAGAAAUCGAGAUGUUCGAUUCUGCCAUCUUGCUGAUUCGAAACCCUUAUCGCUCUCUAAUAGCUGAAUUCAACCGCAAGUGUGCCGGACAUCUGGGCCACGCCACCGAGGCGCAGUGGGACAGCAAAGAGUGGCCAGAAUUUGUCUCCAGCUACGCCCCCUGGUGGGCCUCCCACGCUCUGAGCUGGCUGAAGUUUGGACAGCGCCUCCUGGUGGUGCACUACGAGGAGCUGCAGAGAGCCCUGUUCCCCCAGCUGCGACUGGUUGCUGCUUUCCUAAAUGUCUCCAUCACCGAGGAGAGGCUGCUGUGCGCGCAGAGCAACCAGGACGGCCACUUCAAGCGUCCCGGGGCCCAGCGGACCUCCUUUGACCCGUUCACUCCUGACAUGAGGCGCAUGAUUGACUCCUUCAUUCUCACGGUUGACCAGGCGCUUCAGAGCAGGAACUUUAGUGGUCUUCCACAGGAGUACCUCCCCAGAUGAUGGUGGGUAGACUCUGAAAUGACUGAGUCACCCUUGGUCUGAAGAGACGAAGGUUUGCAGCUCGUGCUCAGCAGGAAGCAGGACUGGAUCGGCUGAUAAAAGUGGACCGAGUGACUCUUUGACAAGCCGGGUCACAAAACGAAACGAACAAAAACCAUGACAGCUCACUGAGAAAUCCAACGGAGAGUAGUUGUUGAAAAGUACAAGGCCUUGACCUUUUCACUCGAGAGAAGAUUCGACAUGAACUGUGGACCUGAAGAAGGGUCAGGGUAAGCAGAGUACCCCACUGCCAGCCUAUGGAUGUGCUCAUCCAGGUUCAGCCCACAUCCCCGCGUUCGCCAGCAUAUCCAGAUAUACUAACACACAGAGGAGAAAGACUGAAUUUCCAGACAGAGGAAAAGGCCUCAGAAAUGUCACAUGUGAUUGUACGGACUCUGUGGGAGACGAGAUCGGCCGAUCACAAACUGUGAAUUUCUAUGGAGAUUUGAUGUCAUUAAAGAUUUGAAGCGAGA